AUGUGUGAUGAAGUGUGUGAGCCAGAGAUCAGAGCAGCAGAAAAGCUGCUCAGUGCCAGUCCUGCUGCCCGCCUGGCCGACACACACGGCACCGUGCCCAGGCUCAGACAGCAGAUGUGUCACUCGUGAGUCAGCUGUGUGUGUGUCUCGUGUAACCUUUUCUGUUUCUUUUGCCUGCAGGUUUUGGAGUAACACACGUUUCUCUUCCCGGUGCAGUGAUGGCCACAUCUAUAUCAUGACAAUGAAGGACAUGGUGAGUGCUGUGAUCAUAGUCAUGUGCUAAACAUGCCAGUACAACAUAACAGUGGGGAGGUGAGGAGAGUGAAGGCCCUGAAUGCCAUUGUGCGUCACUACAGCAAGUAUUUCUUUAUAAGACGCCAUUACUAGCUAGAUCUGUUGAGUUGAAAAUGGUUAGAGACCGGCACAUUGAUAGGGGGAGAGAGAGAAAGACGUGUGUAUGCUACAGCCGAGGAUAAUGUGUGAGUUGUUAAGGAUGCGGAACAGUCGAAGAGUUCACUGUAAACAUUUUACAUGGCUCACAUUCACAAGGAACAAGAGCUCACUCAUAACUCUGUGUGUGUGUGCGUAUGAGUGUGUGUGUUAGUGAGGUGUAUGUACAGGUAACUGCCCAAAUAAAGGAAACGCCAACAUAAAGUGUCUUAAUAGGGCUUUGGGCCACCACGAGCCAGAACAGCUUCAAUGCACCUUGGCAUGGAUUCUACAAGUGUCUGGAACUCUGUUGGAGGGAUGUGACACAAUUCUUCCACAAGAAAUUCCAUCAUUUAGUGUUUUGUUGAUGGUGGUGGAAAACGCUGUCUCAGAAUCUCCCAAAAGUGUUAAAUUGGGUUGAGAUCUGGUGACUGAGACUGCCAUGGCAUAUGGUUUACAUUGGUUUGAUGAGCAUGAAAACAUUGUGACCACUCGUGCCCUGUGGUUGGGGGCAUUGUAUUUCUAUGGUGGCAUAUCCAUGGUAGCCAAAAUAAUGGCCUGCCCAGCAUUUUCAUUCGGUACAUGCUAUCUGUGAUCCUUGGGACAUCUCUACGCAAUUGAAAUGGUUAAGGUUAGGGACUUCCCAAGGAUCCCGGAUAGCACUGACCAUUUUUAUACGUGACCCUAAGCAUGAUGAUAUGGUAAUUGCUUAAUUAACCCAGGAUCCACACCUGUGUGGAAGCACCUGCUUUCAAUAUACUUUGUAUCCCUCAUUUACUCAAGUGUUUCCAUUAUUUUGGCAGUUACCUGUAUGUCACAAACUUCUCCCAUGGCGUCACAGCGCUAUAUUUAGCCGUUAUCCUGAGUUCCAAGAGUUCUGUGCGUUCCGUGUGUGUGUUAUCUCCAGGGCGUGGUGUGUGUCUGGCACCGGGUACAGGAAGUCACCUGAACAGGUGAGAUCCCAGGUGUCGGCUGCCAGCCAAUCAGAGCAGGAAGAGGAGGGCAUCCCCCUGUCUCAGACCUGUUGGUUGGAAGGACUAGAUAACUCAGUGAAAUUAACUGGGAGCAUCAUAGAGUACAGAUGAAUGUUCCCCCUCUGCUAUCUCCUGUGUUCUGUCUGUCUGACUGGGGGGUGUAUAUAGUAAAAGGUAUUGUCGUGUGUGGGGUGCUGUUGCAUUGUAUGAAAUCCAGGCUGGGUUGACACAUGCUACGUGUAAAUAUGCAAAUAUGUUUUCACUGUGAUUGUGCAAGACUGGUGUGUCUAGGAUGCCGUGCCAGUGGUUAUCCAGGCUUAGCUGUGUGUGUGUGAUUUUGUGUCUGUGAAUCAUGGUCUUGCAGAGGAGAGAAAAGCAGGGAGAGUGUAAACAAAUAGUGUUUAAAAAUGAUUUAGAGGGAGAGAGAGCGACUGCUCUGUUGUGGCUGAGCUGUGAUAUUGGAUUUGCAUAAAUGAGGCUGAAACAUCUGCAGGCCUUUUACAGCCAGCGGGGCUAACAUUUACAUUUUUACAUUUUAGUCAUUUAGCAGACGCUCUUAUCCAGAGCGACUUACAUUUAGUGCAUACAUUAUCUUUUUUAUUUUUUUCAUACUGGCCCCCUGUGGGAAUCGAACCCACAACCCUGGCAUUGCAAAAAAAUAAAAGACCACUGCGCCACUCGGGAGACUCAAGAGAGGGUAGUGUGUGUUUAUGCACUUCAAAACCCAAAAUGAAUUAAGUUGCCCCUUUUUAAAUGUGGAAAUCACUCUUUCUAUCAGUGGCUUUUUACUGAAGAAGCUAAUUUGUUGUUUAACUGAUCAGCUAGUUUAAUAGAGGAAGAGGAACCUCUGAUUAUCCGUUUCCGUAUAUGUGUGUAUUUUGCUGGGGCUGCUCUUUGUGUGUGUGUGUGUGUGUAUAGAUAGAUAUAAAGUAUAUCUCUAUAUACUGAACAAAAAUAUAAACACAACAUUUAAAGUGUUUGUCUCAUGUUUCAUGAGCUGAAAUAAAAGAUCCCAGAAAUGUUCCAUGCACACAAAAAGUGUAUUUCUCUCUCUCAACUGUUGGGCACAAAUUUGUUUACAUCUCUGUUAGUGAGCAUUUCUCAUUUGCCAAGAUAAUCCAUCCACCUGACAGGUGUGGCAUAUCAAGAAGCUGAUUAAACAGCAUGAUCAUUACACAGGUGCACCUUGUGCUUGGGACAAUAACAACACAAUGACACAGAUGUCUCAAGUUUUUGAGGGAGCGUGCAAUAGGCAUGCUGACUGCAGGAAUGUCCACCAGAGCUGUUGCCAGAGAAUUUAAUUCUCAUUUCUCUACCAUAAGCUGCUUCCAACGUCGUUUUAGAGAAUUUGACAGUACUUCUACCGGCCCCACAACCGCAGACCACGUGUAACCACGCCAGCCCAGGAACUCCACAUCCGGCUUCUUCACCUGCAGGAUCAUCUGAGACCAGCCACCCAGAUAGCUGAUGAAACUGUGGGUUUGCACAAACAUAACAUUUCUGCAAAUACUGUCAGUGGGCAAAUGCUCACCUUCGAUGGCCUAUGGCAUGCUGGAAAAGUGUGCUCUUCACGGAUGAAUCCCGGUUUCAACUGUACCGGGCAGAUGGCAUCGUAUGGGCGAGCGGUUUGCUGAUGUCAACGUUGUGAACCAAGUGCAUCAUGUUGCUGUGGGGUUAUGGUAUGGGCAGGCAUAAGCUAUAAACUACGGACACAAUUGCAUUUUAUUGAUGUCAAUUUGAAUGCACAGAGAUACCGUAUCCUGAGGCCCAUUGUCGUGCCAUUCAUCCGCCGCCAUCACCUCAUGUUUUAGCAUGAUAAUGCUUGGCCCCAUGUCACAAGGAUCUGUACACAAUUCCUGGAAGCUGAAAAUGUCCCACUUCAUCCAUGGCUUGCAUACUUACCAGACACGUCACCCAUUGAGCAUGGUUGGUCACUACAUUUGAGAGAAAUACGCUUUUUGUGCAUAUGAAACAUGGGACCAACACUUUAGAUGUUGCAUUUAUAUUUUUGUUCUGUAUGUAUGUAUGUAUGUAUGUAUGUAUGUAUGUAUGUAUGUAUGCAACAAAAAUAUAAACGCAACAAGAUAUGCCAAAUAACAGUCUAAAAACCAAAUUAAUCAGAUUUGACCGUUUAGACACAAGCCGCAUGGCCAGGAUUCAGAUUUGUGGCUUGAAAUAUCUGAUUACAUAUGCUUUUUGGCAGGAAGAAGACCAGAUUCAAAUCAGAUAUGCAAAAAAAUUGUAUUUGAGUCACUUCAAACUGCCAGUGUGAACAAGGCUUUAGUGGUUGCUGCAGUGUGUGUGUGUGUGGUGGCUGCUGCGUGUGUUCUGUGUGAUAUAAGUGUCAGCAAGCGGCCCAAUUAGCGUCUCGUUAGUGUGUGAUUGGAGGGAGAGGGUGAUUGACAGUUCCUGCUGUGUGUGUGUUAAAGACUGAUGGAAGUAUAUCUAGCUACACCAGGAAAGACUAAGAGAGUGAGGUUUUGCUAUUCUAAGGCUCAGGCAGAACUCAUUUCUUUGUCAAUUUGUUUGACUCAAUAUAUUAGGUUUUCCUCAGCAUAUAUAGUACCUUCAGAAAGUAUUCAUACCUCUUGACUUAUUCCAUUUUGUUGUUACAGCCUGAAUUCAAAAUUGAUAAAAUAAAACAUCUGACCCAUCUACAUACAAUACCCCCUAAUGACAGUGAAAACAACAUGUUUUUAGAGUUUUUUGCAAAUGUUUUGAAAAAUGAAAUACAGAAAUAUCUCAUUUACGUUUGUAUUCACACCGUUGAGUCAAUACUUUGUAGAAGCACCUUUUGGCGGCGAUUACAGCUGUGAGUCUUUUUGGGUCUCCAAGAGCUUUGCACACCUGGAUUGUACUGAACAAAAAUAUAAAUGCAACAUUCAACAAUUUCAACGAUUUUACUGAGUUACAGUUCAUAUAAGGAAAUCAGUCAAUUGAAAUAAAUAAAUUAGGCCCUAAUCUAUGGAUUUCACGACUGGGCAGGGGAACGGCCAUGGGUGGGCCUGGGAGGGCAUAGGCCCACCCCCUGGGGAAACAAGCAAACCCACUGGGGAGCCAGGCCCGGCGAAUCAAAACGAGUUUUUCUCCACAAAAGGGCUUUAUUACAGACAGAAAUACUCCUCAGUUUCAUCAGCUGUCUGGGUGGCUGGUCUCGGAUGAUUCCGCAGGUGAAGAAACCGGAUGUGGAGGUCCUGGGCUGGCGUGGUUACACGUGGUCUGUGGUUGUGAGGCCGGUUGGACGUACUGCCAAAUUCUCUAAAAUGACGUUGGAGGCGGCUUAUGGUAGAGAAAUGAUCUGGCAACAGCUCUGGUGGACAUUCUUGUAGUCAACAUUUUUUAACACAUCUACCAAUUGUUGCCCAUCUUUGCGAGGCAUUGAAAAACCUCCCUGGUCUUGGUGGUUGAGUCUUUGCUUGAAAUUCACUACUCGAUUGAGGGACUUUACAGAUAAUUGUAUGUGUGGGGUAGUCAUUCAAAAAUCAUGUUAACCACUAUUACCACAACUUAUUAUACGAUUUCUUAAGCACAUUUUUACUCUUGAACUUAUUUAGGCUUGCCAUAACAAAGGGGUUGAAUACUUAUUGACUCAAGACA